GAAAAUCAAACAUUGAAUCUGUCUAAUUAUUGUUUUGAAAAAUAUAAAGUCAGUUUGAAAUCGUUAUUUUAUCAAAAAUUGCAAUUUGAAUUUUAAUGGAUUUGCCUGAUGAUGAUUAUCUUUACGCAAAUAACGGCGGUUUGCGGCGAUCAGUGUCAAAUUUCGAUUUAAAUGAUGGCAAUCAAAACACUAUCCUUCGAGAAUCAAAGUCUUUCACCGGAGCUCUUCCAGAGCUCAAAUUUGCUGAUAAUUUAGAGUUAAUUAAACAGCAGAUAAACCCAAACUUUUACAUAAAGUUAUUCUCAGACAGCGCCAUCUUCACAAAAGAAAGCGAAUACAUCACAAAAGAAAUAUCCACGGAUAAAAUAUUCAUCGUCAAUCAGGAUAUGCUCAACUAUCGCGGCAUACAAUACUCAUCCACAGAUAUAGCAACCAGAUGGAAGAAAGACUGCCGAAAAUGGCUGUGGAAAAACUCCAAACAACGAAAAAACCGUUCCGCGUCAGAUAUGCGUGAAUGUCCAGAAAAAACGCGCCUAACAUCAACGGCUGAUAGCCUGAACCGCAUAUUUUAAAAUAUUCACAGCCCAACGACAAUAAAAAUUAUUUAUUGACUA